AUGGAUCUCAGUCAGCUAGACACUCUGUGUUCCGAACUCGCCCUUACUGCCAAGAGACUCAAAGCACUGUGCGACCGCAGCAAUCAGACCAGCAUUGCCGUUACCAAAGAGCCUACAACCGACGUCUUGGUUCCUCCGGCCAGCGCAGAAAACCUAGAGCAUGAAAUCGCCUUGGCGCAUAGUAGCCUCAGCGGAAUCUCCUCCCGCUUGGAAAUACUUUUGGCUGGUCCUGCGAGCUUCAUACAGUCCUUAGCCACACAGAAUCAGCUUCUAGCCUGCCUAAAAUGGAUGGGCGAGUAUCAGAUCAUCGCCUACAUACCAUUAGAUGACACCAUUUCACUCGAGGAGCUUGCGAAUCUGGCCAAUGUGCCGGAGCACACACUCAGCCGAGUUGUGAGGAUGACUGCCACUGCAGGUUUUCUGUAUGAGCCUCAGUAUGGACAUGUUGCACAUACGUCUUUGUCGUUAUCAUUUACGACUGAGUUAUCCUAUUUCGACGCUGCCAUGUUUUUGGCAAACAAAGUGGCCCCUGCAUCCCUCGAUCUUACCUCUUUCGCAAGCGAGCACGCAAUCGACCUGCAAUCAUCGCGACUCUUGGACUUUGUCUCCCAAGAACCACAAACGAACCGGCAAUGGCAGGCCUACCGUCAGAGCAUGGGUAGCAUGAGCAACCAGCUUGCAUAUUUGCCAAACUUGCUCAAUUGGCGUAGCUUGGGAGACGCAUGUGUUGUCGAUAUAUGUGACAACGACACAAGCCUGGCGCGGGACCUGGCCCAGACUGCUCCAGCCCUUCGAUUGACGGUACAGACGUAUGAUUUUAUACCCACGGACGCGGGUCUGUCCGGGGUUGGCAACGGCGACAAGGAUGUGGCUACCAGCGAACGCAUCAUAAUACAACGGAGAAAACCAACGGCAGUGCAGCCUGUAAAAGACGCGGCAGUGUAUCUUCUACAUCCUUCUUUUUGCGCAGCGAGCACACGUGGUUACACGACCGACGAUCUUAUCACAAUGGAGCUCAAGGCACAUUUCGGUAUUCUCCGAGCCAAUCCAAUGGCCUUGUUGAUUCUGGCACCGGCAAUGUUGCCUGAACCAGGGUCAGUAGCCAUCAAUGUUGAGGCCCGAGUACGGCUUCUCGACUUCACGGAUAUGCACCUCACCGGUAACGGAGCCAUGGAAGUGUCUGAACUUUACAAACUUACAGAAAGCAUAUCUGAUGCACGCGGGAAAUUAGUGGUCAAGAACCGCGUUCGGUCCGCCGACGGGGCUACUAUUGCGUUAGUGGUCAAAUAUCAAUCUUGUGAGGGCGCUGAGCUCAUCUGA